UCAACUGCAUCUGUCCGAACAUGUCUCUGAACAAAUAAGUUUAAUUUUGAUCCGCUAUUAGGCUGUGAACAUGACAGACUUUCUGUUGACGAUAAAGAAGCGUAUUCCCGACAAAAAGAAGAGGUCUUUGACUCAGAGUGAUCUCCAGAAAUGGGGUUUAAGAGGAAUACAGUUGAGAAACUACCAGCUGGAUGGUGUCCACUGGCUCACACAGUGCCUUGAAAACCAGGAAGGAUGCAUCUUAGGAGAUGAAAUGGGACUGGGCAAAACAUGCCAGACCAUUUCUUUGCUCUUAUACAUCACAGGAGAAUGUGGAAAGAAGGGUCCAUUUUUAGUUGUGAGCCCACUGUCUGUCAUGGAAAACUGGAGAAAAGAGAUGGAAAGUUUUGCCCCAUCUUUAAAAAUUCUGUGUUACCAAGGAGACAAAGAGAGACGUGCUGAAAUUCAGCAGGAAGCCAACACCAAACAUUUUUCUGUCCUGCUUACAACAUAUGAGAUGUGUCUCAGAGAUGCUUCAUUUUUCAAAAAGUGGAAAUGGGAAGCACUGGUUGUAGAUGAAGCUCAUCGACUGAAGAAUCAAAACUCGCUUCUGUAUCAGACUCUGAUAGAGUUCUCGUUGGGGUUCAGGAUGUUGUUGACUGGGACGCCAAUCCAAAACAACCUGCAUGAGCUGUACUCCCUGUUGAGCUUCAUUCAGCCCAGUGUCUUCACAGCAGACGACACUGACAGCUUCCUCACCUGCUACUGCAACGUGCAAAAACAAUCAGAGCUGGCUGCUGAGCUCCAGAGUGUCUUGGAGCCUUUUCUUUUGCGUCGUGUGAAGUCUGAAGUGGCCCUGGAUUUGCCGAAGAAGACAGAGCUGGUAAUGUACCAUGGAAUGACAGCGCUGCAGAAGAAGUACUACAAAGCCAUUCUCACAAAGGACCCGGACGCUUUUGGGAAUGAACAAGGCAAGUUGAACAUCCUGAUGCAACUGAGGAAGUGUGUGAUCCACCCGUAUCUGUUUGAUGGUGUGGAGCCAGAGCCGUUUGUGAUGGGGGAGCAUCUGGUUGAAGCCAGUGGGAAGUUCUGCAUCUUGGACAGCAUGUUGAUCUACCUCCACAAAGGGGGCCAUAGAGUCCUACUGUUUUCUCAGAUGACAAGGACUUUGGACAUACUUCAGGACUACAUGGAGUACAGAGGUUAUAGCUAUGAGCGACUGGACGGGUCAGUUCGAGGAGAGGAACGAAACUUAGCUGUGAAAAACUUCAGUACCAACGAUAUCUUUGUUUUUCUGUUGAGCACUAAAGCAGGUGGUGUGGGCAUGAACCUGACUGCAGCAGACACUGUGAUUUUCAUGGACACAGAUUUUAACCCCCAGAACGACCUCCAGGCGGCCGCUCGCUGCCACAGGAUCGGUCAGAACAGGCCUGUGAAAAUAAUCCGCCUCCUAGCUCGGGACACAGUGGAGGAGAUCAUGUACUCCAGGGCGAUCUCUAAACUGCACCUCACUAACACUGUCAUAGAAGAAGGACGCUUCUCUCUCCUGGACCAGGCACAGUCUGCUGCUGCCGUGCUCAAGCUCAGUGAGAUCCUGAAGUUUGGAGUCAAUAAACUUCUGUCUUCAGAUGAGAGCUCAGUGCAGGAAGUAAAGCUAGAAAAGAUUCUGGGUUUGUCCAACAACGGUCAGUGGUUGGAUGACGAAGCAUCUACUGCUGCAAAAGGCACUGAGGAAGAAGAAAGCGGCUCGGAGUUUGAGGGGCCAAAUCACAUGUAUUACUUCGAAGGCAGAGACUACAGUAAGGACCCGAGCUCUGAGGACCAGCGCAGUUUUGAGCACCUGAUAGAGGACCAGCUUACAGAGUUACAGAAAGUGACAGGAGAGGGGCGCGCCCUAAGACACAACACCACUGUUUCAUUGUCUUUGGUCCUUCCCACAAGGAAGCACCGGGCUCUCACCGAGGCAGAGCUCGAACUCAGGCGUCAGCGCAGAAAAGAGGCUGCAGCCAAACGGGCCAGAAUGCGGGAGGACUUCAAAAAGGAACAGCAAGAGGAGAAAUACAGGAAAAAAAUGGCAUGGUGGGAGUCAAGUGGUUACAGAUCUCUUUCCCUUCCAUUGGUUGAAAGUGAAGAUGAAGAAGAGGAGGAUGAGGAGGACAGUGACAGUAUCAGUUCCACAGACUCUGAGGCCAAUGCAAUUCACUACAUUUUGGGAGACGUCACACACCCUCAGGCCUCUAAAGAAAAUGCCAUCAUUGUGCAUUGUGUUGAUGAUUCAGGACGAUGGGGCAGAGGAGGCUUGUUCACUGCUCUGGAGGUCAGAUCAGAUGAGCCAAAGAAACAAUAUGAGUUGGCUGGUAAAAUGAAAGAUUUGGAGCUUGGAAACGUCCUCCUUUUCCCUAUUGAUGAUAAACAGUCCAGACUGGAUGGUCAGGAUCAGUUGGCUCUAAUUGUGGCUCAACAGAGAGAUAAAGCAAACAACUUAUCAGGCAUCCUACUUACGGCACUAGAGGAAGGCUUAAAGAAAAUCUACACUGCCGCCAAAAAAAAUAGAGCAUGCGUUCAUCUGCCACGGAUCGGCCAUUCCACAAAAGGCUUUAACUGGUACGGCACUGAGAGGCUGAUCAGAAAAUACCUGGCCACACGGGGCGUUCCUACAUACAUAUACUAUCACAGCCGCUCUGGCAAGAAUUCCUCUGCCCCUCCCCAAACGUCACCACCUCCUCCUACGUCCACGUCUUGCUCUGACCUGCAGCGACAUAAUGCUGUCUCAGAUGACUCUCCAAAGGAAGCCCCUGGCCCCUCCACCACAAAAACCCCUUACAGCCACUCAGAGCUGCCCAGCUUCAUGAGCGGAGUCCGUGUGUUCUUCUACAACCUGCCCGCAUCAGACAGGAAGAGGUUAGCACGCUACCUCAUCACAUAUGACGGUGAUGAGGAGGACAUCAUGAGCUCAGACGUCACACACAUUGUUGCGGAGGUUGACAACAAGAUUCAUUUACAGGAGCUGGAGGAGAUGUUGGAGCAGUACAAUCAGGCGGUUCCAGUGAAGAAGUCAUGGCUCGAGUCCUGUUUCUCCAAACAAAGAAGGGCGGACACGACACAGUUUCUGCUGCUAAAAUAGAAAUUUGCUUUUAAUCAAAUGUUAUAUGAA